AUGGACGACUACAUCAUCCCCAAAUCCAUUCGCCAGCCAUCGCGCCCUUCCAAAGAAGAUGCCCGCGCUCUUGCCGUCCAGCACGCCACAAUCUUACAGCAUCGCAAAGACCUCGAGGCGCAAAUCCUCUCGUCGCUGAUCUACCUCUCCACAUUCCCUCCAAACACUACGGUCGCAAGUCAACCCAACCCAGCAGACGCGCGCGAGUUCAGGAACCAUAUUCGUCUAUUCCAGCCGUCCGACUACGAUGACCUGAUAGCAGAGAGGAACGUCAACGACCUAUGUGGCUAUGCCUUGUGCCCCCGCGAGAACCGCAAAACCGGCCGAGGGGGGGAGUGGACACUUGCGCCUGAUGCGGGCGGUAUUGUGAGGAGAAAGGAGGUCGAGAUGUGGUGCACGCAAAAAUGCAAGCGACGAGCGCUCUACGUCAAAGUCCAGUUAUCCGAGACAGCGGCCUGGGAGCGAGCUGGCAUCCCAGACAUUGAAAUUUGUCUGUACGAGGAGCCAAGUACGUCGGCUCCAGAAACGGAAGAAGACGCUACAGCUCGGAAGAUGAGCGAGAUGAAGCUUGAGGACGGAAGGCAAACCAUGCGGGACAGUGCCAGGCUUGCUCUUGAGCGCGGUGAGGUAGGCAGUCUUCAGCCCGGCGCGAAGACCGCGGUGGGUGUAAUGUUACAGGAGCACGUUGUAGAGUCAGCGCCCCCGACGGGGGUCUUUGAGGAUGACGAUGGCGACCACAUGAUGGUGGAGGGCUACAGAAGUAAGAUCGAGGACAAUCCGAAUCUGAUGAAAUGA